AUGGCUAUAAAACAAAAUAAAUUUCCCACGAUCGACCAAGUCAAUAUACGUACUUUUAAGGGAAAAUCAUCAAAUAUCGUAGAUAGUUUAAGAUCAUUGGGUAACAAUGCAGCUCUGUUUAUAUCUAUAGCAUAUCUCACCUUAGAGUAUAUAAUAAGGCCACUUCUAAAUGAACAAUUUAGACAGAGAAUUCAAUUAUCUGGUACGACGUUGAUAACGUUACGUAAAUUAGUUGCGGAUUUGAAGGGGAAACUAGAUGAAUACAGAUUAAUUUCUGCAAUAGGUUUUAACGAAACAAAUAAAACUGUUGAUAGAUGCACUCAGACUUCAAAAGAUUUUAUCUCUAGAGGAGCUUAUAGUGUACCAACAGUGGAACAAAUAAAUAUAAAACUUGAAGAUUUUACAUUGACCUUAGAUAUGGAAAAUGGUAGUGACGGUAUACAAUUGCGAAGUAAUGAGGAGACUCUUCAAGAGAUCAAGGAGAGCUGGAAAGACAUAGACGAUGUUCUUGAAAGUGAGAAGAAACUUACUUCCAAAACUAAAGUUCUAGAAUGCAUCAGAGACAUUAAAGGCUGGUAUGUGAAUGGCAGGAUUCCAUGA